AUGUAGGUGGCAUACUCGUUUUAUAUGGAUACACACCCCCGUUUUAUUGGAAUUUCUAAAUAAAUUGUUUAGGAAAUGAGUGCAAAAAUUGAAAAGGACAAGACAAAACAAUUGCAAGACAAGUGUCAGUCAGUGUUAAAUAAUUUAUUGCGAGAUGAAGAUAAUAAAUAUUGUGUAGAUUGCGAUUCUAAAGGUCCGAGAUGGGCAUCUUGGAAUAUCGGUGUUUUCCUCUGCAUUCGUUGCGCUGGAAUACAUAGGAAUUUGGGUGUACAUAUUUCAAAGGUUAAGUCUGUGAAUUUGGACACAUGGACACCAGAGCAAGUGGUUUCCUUACAACAAAUGGGAAAUUCCAGGGCACGAGCCGUGUACGAAGCAAAUUUACCAGAUAAUUUUAGACGGCCUCAAAGUGACUCUAGUUUGGAAUCUUUUAUAAGGGCAAAAUAUGAGCACAAGAAAUACAUUGCCCGCGAAUGGGUGCCACCAUCCCUACCAAAAGUGAAUUGGGAGAAGGAAAUCGAUGAGGAAAUUGAAAAACAGAAGAAGAAGAAGAAGACUGUAAUCGAGAAGAAAAGUUUGGGGAACAUCGAGGUCCCCCAACUUCCUAAACCUACUAAUCCAAGUCCGAAACCCGGCAGGACUGUCAUUAGUGAAGUAGCGGCAGAUAAUAAGGAGAAAAAGGAUGAUGAUCUGUUGGGUUUGCAUAAUGGAGACGAUAGUUUCAGCAACUUCAUUUCCGCCUCCUCGACCGCGGAACAAAACACCAAGCCAGAAUCCUCUGUGAAAAGUGAAGAAGACAGCUUCUUCAAUCAGAUAGUCCCCACAGAAAAGGAAAAAGUCAAACUGGAUAAGGACAGUAUCUUGGCGUUAUACGGUAGCGCCCCCACGAACAACUGCAAUCAGUUUUCCAACGUACCAACCUCAUUUCAGCCCCAGAAUUACCCUUGCCCCCAAAUGAAUUUUCAGUCGUACCCGGCGUUCCCGCACCAACAAAAUUUAAUCACUCAGAACAGCAUGCCGCCAAUGAACGCACAGUGGCCCUCCCACGCGGGCCAGUGGAAUCCGCACUUUGUUUCCAACCAGAACCAGUUCAGCAGCCAAACUCAGCUGAUGAACGUCGCUCCCGCAAAUCAGUUGUUACAGUUACAGGCGAACCCCCAAGGAGUGAAUUUUAAUCAGACCCCCAACCCUUUUCUAGGUAAUCACAAUUUACCGCAGCAGUUUUCUAAUUUAAGUUUGAAUAAUCAGGGGGCGAGCGCCACCUACCCGGGCUAUUAACUUGGGGGGGCAGUAAACUUAUUUAAUUUUAUAAUGCAUAGAAUUCUCUUAUGUAAUAAAAGUGUCAGUUUGUGGUAUCAUUGUUCUGUUCUUACGUGCGGCAGAGACUUGGACGGAGGUGGAGAACGUCGUUUUAAGAAAAAGGGGCUAACUUGGGUUCCGAAUGCUUAGUAAGAGAUAAGCGAGUUCUAAAAAUGUCUUAUUAAGAGACCCAAAUUAAACUUGACGCGAGACUUUAACUUGUCGUUUUUGAUAUGACAUGGCCUUCGUCAUUGUCGGUGGUACUUUUUGGGUGGGAGUGUAGGGUACAGGCCAAACAGACAAAACUGAUAUGUGCUCUUUUUUUAUAUUCGCUUAGUGAUACAAAAGUGGCCCUUACUUGGUUUUUUUUCAUAUUUAAAUGUAAUGAGAAUUACACUACAAUUUCUUUUGUCAUAUUUCCACCAUAAAAAUUAGUGUUGACGAAUUCUUGAAAAAAAAUAUAUAUAUAUAUUUAUAUAGACUUUUGCAAUGCUGACAAAAUCCUUUGGUUAGUUAUUUCCUCGAAUUCGUCGAUUGUCGUUUUUUUGUUGUCGAAGAUUUUCGUUUGUUCUGGUCAUUAAGGGGCGACCCCAACAGGGUUCGUCUUCAAGUAACAUUCGGUCACUUCCAAACUGGGCAAACCACUUGAAAAACCUUGUGUGCCUUAGAACUUUCCUUCGAAGCAUUAAAAGCAUUUCCUCCACUGUUUUCGUCAAUAGGAAACAUAAUUUGACAUUCACGCGUUGCUCCUUCAAGUCCAUCAUUGAAGAAUCACCAAGACACGGUGUUCCUCAAGCAUGCAAAAGUGGUCCGAAAAUGGAUCCAAAAUCAGCUAACGCAGAAAGUUUCUAUAUUUUUCGUAGUUGAAAAAAAUGGCAAAUUGGAAAUCCUAAGCGAUUGGUUUCGCAAGUUAUGGACGCUUUUGUAUUUAUGCUAUACACAUUCAUGAAGAGCAAAGUAGAGCAUUUGAGCACACACGUACAAUCGGUUUAUUAACUUCAAGUCAAACAAAUUGAGCAUGUAUUUAUUAGUUAUUGUUUAUAUACAUAUUUUUUUCGGAAAUCAAUAAUUGAUGCUUUAAUCUGACAAAAAAUUUUUUCGUUUUUACCAAAUAUCUCAAAAAAAGAUUAUGAAAUGAAAAAUUGAGUGAAAUCAUCUUUACAAUCAUGAUUUUCAGAACAAGCUUACUGAAACCACUUUUAGCGUGACCCAGGAUCAACGGUGAGGACGUAGUGGUUAACUGAUCCCUUUUUUUGUUUUUCUGUAUUUUUUUAAUUUUUUGUUUUUUUUUCUAUUUUUUUUUUAAUUUUUUUUGUUUAUUUUUGUUUUUUUCUAGUACUUUUUUACAAACUUGAGCUAAUUAUAGAGGUUUUAAUAAUUUUCUUUUCAAUAACAAUGAAAUAAGUAGUACAAUUUUUUUUUAAAUACUUCAAAAUACGAAUUUACAGUUACAGAUGUAGCGAUGAAAAUUCAACCACAGCUUUUAGUAGAUUUGGUAAAUAAGUAUCACAAUGUUUACUUUAUAACGUUCCCAAAACUUCAAGAAGUCACGUGAAUUUUCAGUGUUUCUGAAAGUUGUUCAAUACUUUCCAAAGCUUUCUUCAAUUCCUCAAUAUAAUCAUUAAGUGAAGAUCCUACUUUGCCAGAGGUGAAACAACAAUUCACGACCUUAUCCAUAUAUGGACAAGGUUGUGAAUUGUUGUUCAAGUAGCUCAAGUUUGUAAAAAAAUACUGGAAAAAAACAAAAAUAAACAAAAAAAAUUAAACAAUACAGAAAAAAAAAACAAAAAAAAAUUAAAAAAAAUAGAAAAAAACAAAAAAGGGAUCAGUUAACCACUGCGUCCUCGCCGUUGAUCCUGGGUCAUGCUAAAAGUGGUUUCAGUAAGCUUGUUCUGAAAAUCAUGAUUCUAAAGAUGAUUUCAGUCAAUUUUUUAUUUCAUAAUCUUCGAGAUAUUUGGUAAAAACGAAAAAAAAUUUUGUCAGAUUAAAGCAUCAAUCGAUUUCCGAAAAAAAAAAAUAAUAUCAACAAUAACUAAUAAAUACAUGCUCAAUUUGUUUGACUUGGAGUUAAAAAACGGAUUGUAUAUGUGUGCUCAAAUGCUCUUCAUGAAUGUGUAUAGCAUAAAUACAAAAGCGUCCAUAACUUGUGAAACCAAUCGCUUAGGAUUUCCAAUUUGCCAUUUUUUUUAUCUACGAACAAUAUAGACUUUCUGCGUUAGCUGGUUUUAGAUCCAUUUUCGGACCACUUUUGUAUGCUUGAGGAACACUGUGAAGAGCAUUGGAGGAGGUUGAGAAAAUAAUCACUGUCCACUACGAUGGUUUUCCACACACUGCGUGUGUCGCAUGAACAUACUUAGCGGGAGAAGGCAACGCUCUUGCCUACAGAAAGUAAUUCUUGUUUUUUUUAUGAGUACCGCUUCGUAUUAAUUUUGUUAUGAUGUUGAUUCAUUUAAAGUGUGGCGGUUUUUCCAGUCCUUAGUCUCGCCUAGGAAUCUUUGACCUGCCGUUGUUGUUCUCAGGCUAGGCUCUGUGAGGGCAAACAUGCUAAGACAACCCCUGGGCUUACCUAGACAUUGAACACAGUUGUUAGUUCCACAGCCUUUAAGGACAGAACCACUACCCAGAUAAUGCGGUCUUAUUUUUUAUAACGAUGGAGACAAAUAGAAAUCGACUGAAUUUCAAAAAUCAAUUAAGUUACCCCAAAUUUAUUUGUAAUACCAAACUAAAUGGGAAAAGAGCCUGUACCCCACAAACUUGAGCAAAAUAAGCCACUUUGUGCAGUUCCGGAGAAACAGAAGAUAAGGCUUUUUAUAUAUGAAAAAACAUUUCUGUACCAUUUAGAAUAGGUACAUUUUCGAGGUAUACCUUCCCUAUCUUUUUACUAAGCAUUUUGUAACUCGUGCUCACAAAAAUUCUUUUACUAAAAAUUGUCUCUUAUAUUUUUGUUUAAAAUUGGCACAUUAAUUUGGAAUCGCCUACAUUCAUACAGAAAACCGUUUCAUUCACUUCAGUCAUUCAAGAAAUUGGAGGUGCUGUCUACAUCGAAAUAUUUAGUGCAAUAUAAAAGAGGAAGGGUUUUAUUAAAGUUAUCACAACUUU